CAUGUUUUGAUUGUGAGGUUUCAUGUUUCUUGUUGACUCUCAGCAACGGUUUUUUUUUACUGGUUCAAGUAUAAUAUAAGUAAUUAAAAUAAGUGCGAAAUGCCUUCUUGGAAUCAAAUUCAAAAUCAAUUGAGGAGCCCAAAUAAUCCUGUUGUUUUCCUUGAUAUCAGCGUUGGAGCAACGGAAAUUGGCCGAAUGGUCCUCGAGCUCUUUUCAGACAUUGUACCAAAAACUACAGAAAACUUCAGGCAACUUUGCACCGGAGAGUACAAGAAAGACGGUGUGCCUCUUGGGUACAAGGGGGCCACGUUUCACAGAGUCAUUAAGGACUUUAUGAUCCAAGGAGGAGACUUUGUCAAUGGGGAUGGGACAGGAGUCAUGAGCAUAUACGGCGGCUCUAGUUUCCCCGAUGAGAAUUUUUAUAUCAGACAUGACACACCCGGUCUUUUAUCUAUGGCAAAUAGUGGUAAAGACACAAACGGAUGUCAGUUUUUUAUUACCUGUGCCAAAUGCAACUUUUUAGAUGGAAAACAUGUUGUUUUCGGACGUGUCAUCGAUGGACUUCUUGUUAUGAGAAAAAUUGAAAAUGUACCUACAGGCCCAAAUAACAAGCCUAAAAUUCCAGUUGUAAUAUCUCAAUGUGGUCAAAUGUAAAAAUUAAUCCUAAUAAAUAUUUGUAUCUAUUUUUA